GAGGAUGUGACCGAAAUUCACCAAGAAGGAGUGGGCUUUGCUGAAUUACACUCAGAAGAAUCUCUGUAGUGAUGUGAAGCAGGAAACCAUCAGAAACCUGACCUAUCUGGGCUUCGGUGGCCUUUGAGGACGUGGCUGUGAAUUUCACCAGAGAGGAGUGGGCUUUGCUGGAUCCUUCCCAGAAGAAACUCUACAAAGAUGUGAUGCAGGAAACUGCCUGCAACCUGGCCUUCGUAGGAAGAAAAUGGGAAUGCCAUGAAACUGAAGAUCAAUAUAAAAAUCCCCAGAGAAAUCUAAGACAGCAUACGUUAGAAAGCCGCUGUGAACGCGACGAAGGUGUUCCAGGUGAUGUUCAGAAGGAGAGCCCUCCUGGCGCUAAACCCCACAACAGCGGUGUUUAUGAAGAAGGCUUCGUCGGUCCUUUAUCCCUUCAGCACAGAAGUGCUCUCACUGGACGGAAACCUUGCAAAUAUCAAGAAUGUGGACAAAAACCUUACGAAUGUGAGAAAUUCAGGGGAUCCGCACCUUCUCUCGCGGGGGCCCAAAGACACGUGGGCAGGCACCCUGGCGACAGGCUGUACAGGUGUGAGGUGUGCGAGAAAGCCUUCGAGUACCCUAGUUUACUGCAAGUCCAUUACAGAACUCACACCGGCGAGAAACCCUACGUGUGUAAAAUGUGUGAGAAGUCCUUCAGACAGUCCAGCUCCUUGCACAUACACGAGAGGACUCACACCGGCAGGAAAUACUACGCGUGCAAACAGUGUGACAAAACCUUCGUGUACCCCAACUCUCUUCGAAAUCACAAAUGGACUCACACCGGGGAGAGCCCCUACGAGUGUAAGCAGUGCGGAAAAUCCUUCAUUUCUCGCAAAAGCCUUCAAAGACACACGAUCAGGCAUACCGGGGAGGGGCCUUACAGGUGUCAGGUGUGCAAGAAGGCCUUUCAGUAUCCCAGCUCCCUGCAGGUCCACGAGAGGACCCACUCUGGCGAGAAGCCCUACACAUGUAGGAAAUGCGGGAAGGCCUUCAGUCACGCCAAGUCCUUCGACGUCCACGAGAGAACUCACACCGGAGAGAAGCCGUACAAAUGUAAGGAGUGCGGGAAGGCCUACGUCUACUCCCGGUCCCUCCGGUUACACGUGGAAACGCACACAGGAGAGAAACCCUACGAGUGUGAGAAAUGCGGCAAAGCCUUCCGGCAGUCCGGCUCCCUUCGCGUUCACGAACGAAUCCACAGCGGAGAGAAGCCUUACGGAUGUCUAAAGUGUGGGAAGGCCUUCAGGGACUACAGCUCCCUGAGACUGCACGAUCGGACCCACACCGGAGAGAAGCCCUACGAGUGUAAGAAGUGCGGGAAGGCCUUCAAGCAGUCCUGCUCCCUCCGGGAACAUGAACGAACUCACACCGGAGAGAAGCCCUACGAAUGCCUGAAAUGCGGCAACGCCUUCCGACAGUACAGCUCCCUUCAGUCGCAUGAUCGAAUCCACACCGGAGAGAAACCCUAUGAGUGUAAGAGAUGCGGGAAGGCCUUCAAGCAGUCCAGUUCCCUUCGGUCCCACGAGCGGACCCACAGCGGGGAGAGACCCUACGAGUGUCUGAAAUGUGGGAAAGCCUUCAAGCAGUACGGUUCCCUUCAGUCACACGAUCGAACCCACACUGGAGAGAAACCCUUUGACUGUAAGAAAUGUGGGAAGGCCUUCGGGCGGAGCAGCUCUCUGCAGCUGCACGAGCGGACGCACUGGAGAGAGAAGCCCUACAAAUGUACGCAGUGUGGGAAAGCCUACAGUUGUGGGAGUUCGCUCCGACUGCACGAGCGAGCUCACGCCGCUGAGAAACCCUGAUCCUAGGAGACCCGUGGGGAGGCCUGCAGUCUGACCAGGGGCUUAUCAAAUCAAGGAAGGAUAUUCAUUGCAGAAACGCUGUGAACGUUGGGUCAGCAGGUGGCGUAGUGGUUAAGGUGCUGGAUUCCCAAGUGGCCAACUGCGGUUCAAGUCCUGG